AUGUUUUGGCCGGUGCACAGUACAUUGGCGCUCGCCCUACUAGGCGUUUUGCUUCUCCUAGUGCCGCAGCCCGCCGUCUCUGAUACCUCAGAGUAUCACCAAGUCGUAAGCGACAGCGAUGGCGUCCGCAUUCCGCUAGAGGUGUACAAGGACUACGCGCGCGACUUUCGCGUCCACCCCAAUAGCUCCUAUGCCAAAGCCUGCAUGUUUGAUGUUGGACCCGACCAUUAUGACCUUCGAGUCCUUGGGGGAAACUAUGAAGCUAAAGUUCACCUCAAGGAUGGCACCAGCACCCAGUUUCGCCUCAGCCUAUGCAUCGAGCCGCGCCGCUGUAACGGUGCUGAUAAUGCUGCCGUCUGUCAACAUACGCGCUACGUGCAAGACGGCGUGGCCCUCGCCUUCAUCGAGAACACGGCUGGCCUUUUGCCCAUGGUUUCCAACAUGACCAUGCAAGUUGCCCCGACCACCGACAGCAACUAUCCCAGCUCUUUCGAUGGCCACGACCCCUCUCUCACCUUUGGAUACCCCAUUGAUAAUUUUCUGGAUUACCACACGCACGACGGCCUGAAAUUUGUCUACGCCCAGGGAGCCUACGCAUCCAUUCUGUCCGAAGUACAAGAGGCCACCCAACUCGUGGAGUUUCUCGUUGGGGCCGCCCCUGCCACCGAGCUGAGCGACGCCAUCCUGAAUGCCACAAAGGAAAUUGAAGAACACAUCAAGCAAUCGUCUGCAAUAACGAUUGUCGAUGUGCGUUGCGCUCCUGAUGUGGAUGGCGAUGAGCCAAUUAUUCAAUUCCUCGGCGAAGUCGAUUUCAAAGAUGGCACCUGGGACGGCCUGCCACCUAGUAACCUCACACCCCCUGCUUUUACCCACGCCUUUGGCGUCAUGCUCAUGCACAAGUGUGCUUGCGCCAACAGCUCGUGCGCCCCACCGACCCUUGAAAAGGAGCCACGGGAAUGUGUCGACUUUUGGGAGCAGUACCUUCAGCGCAACAUCCCAGCCGUCGUUAUUUUCAUCCUCAUUGCUCUUUUUGAGCGUCGCCGAUCCGGACCGGGCCAAGAUGUUUGUGUCGUUAUGUUUACGGCUGCAUCUUCGGGGGAUUUUCCUCAAUUGCUUUUCAUGACGUCGUUUCUUCUCGGUACGCUGUUUUAUCCUGUCGCUAUCUGCCACAAUUCCGAGAAUCACCUCUUGGGCAGUGCAUUGGGCAGCAUCUACUGCAUCCUCUGCACGUGGGUCUACUUGAGCACGGUUGAUUGUUCUUUCAAAACGGGACGAGCCUACCCAGAUGGUGCCAUCAUGAUGCCCACCUUGGUUUGUUUGGUUUUGCUGCUGGGCUACUUUUUGGGUCUGUUCUACGUCAAGGUCAAACAGCUCGUUUCGACCAUCAGUCGCGGCUUGCGUGCGCGCCGUCGACGCCGCCUGCUAACAGAUGCCAAGUGGCGGGGAUGGCGUUCGGAGCUCUGGAAGGCUUGUCGCCGCGAGCGCGACCCCCUGGAGUUUGUCUUCUACGAGACGCGAGUGCGGGAGCUAACACACAGUGCUCGACGACAGGAGCGCGAUCGCCUCAAGUCGAAUCGCCCCGCACGGUCGGCCUGGUCGUGGUGGUUCAUUACUAAGGACGGAUUGCGGUUCAUUGUGCACAAAAUCUACGAACCCGUGACCUACUUUCGGUACAGUCCGCGCAUCGUGUCGAUGGCGAUGGUUGCCACCUUUUUGCUCUUUGAGGUAACCGUACACUGGAGCACCGAGGUUAAAAAGUUUGCUGCGUUUGUCCACACGGUUGUGGACGGUUUGCACUGCGAGCCCUUGGGCGCAGGCAUGUCUGCAGUUGACAUCUUUUCGCCCAUCACCCCGACGAGUCUCAAGCCCAUGCUCCAGCUCAUCCCGGGUUUCGAGGUGGCUGUGGAGGUUUACAUUCCCUGCAAAACCAACUUUAUCAUCGAGAAUGCCGUCUACUGGUCAUUUCUCACGGCUGGACUUGUGUCCUGCGUGGUCCACUGGAUGUUUCUUCUCCACAUGAUGAUGUGCUACCGCAAGCACUUGCGCUUCUUGCCCGCACGAAGUCGCAACCGCGCCUUUGCCAUUGUCGAUGCUCUUCGCUACGCUGGCUACCAGAUUGCUUACCUUCUUUCUGGAUGGUUCAUCUUGACCAUUGUUAUCUGCCUCGUGUUUCUCUUCAUUGCCUUUGCGCAUGGCUUGCUUAUUCGCCUCAACAACCUGAACUUUUGUGUGCAGAUUGUAUUGCCUAUCUUGGACAUUUACGAUGAUUGGUUUUUCAAGCCGAUUCUUUACGCUCAAAUCUGGGUCAUUCUGAUCCCAUUGACGUUUUAUAUUCUGCAGGUUUUGUCCGUGUACAUCUUUUUCCAGUCUGGGCAGUCCUUUGUCAUUGUCAAUCAACGCAUCUUCCACAAUGUCGACUUUUUUGUAUUUUUCAUCAACAUUUUUGUCGGUCUAUACUCGUUUAUCAUUCGCAUCAUUCUCAACGUACUCUUUGGCUUGCUGUGGAUCAGUCGUCUCGACAAGAAUAUGAUGACGCGCGGUUACGAGUUCAUUGACCCCGGCUAUCGCACCUAUCUCGGCUUUCUCGAGCUGGAUUACCAUUAUUGCAACCCGGUCAUGGUAACUUUUGCUUCCAUGCUGUCCAAUAUUCAAGCAGACAACAAGAAGAGUCAAAAGCUUUUCUACCUUGACUUUUUGGACCACGAGCGUUCUCUGCGCCCCGGCGACGAGAACUCGGAUAGCGUGGCGCUCUUGGCCGUCUCUUCGCAUGAUCGGUUUCGCGACGCACGAUCCGAGGAAGAGGAAUGGGAGCCGCCGCAGUCAGCACAAUCAGCCCUCUCCUUCACACAUUUGCUCAAUGAUGAUGCGGUCAAGGCGGAGGCAGAAUAUCGCUGGGGGCUCAUGCGAGCCAAGCAGCGGCGCAGAAACUUGGUGCGCAAUCGCUGGGCCCUCUUUUACACGUUGGUGAACAAUCCACAGCUGCGUGACUGCCGAAAAAUGAGCAGUCGGCGCCGGCGCAAAGCCUCCCUGCGGACUCGCUCCAGCGAGGUUUGGCACGUCCAGCAGCUCCAUCAGCAACUCCAAGAGGAGGAAGCGCAAGCCAGUCGAGCUGGUCACCGUUGUUUGCACUGCGGGCACGCCUGCCGGGCGCCUCUGGAACUGGACAGCAGCGUCGGCGAAUCACACACAGAGGGCAAUGUCAGUGUGAUCAAUGCCAGGCCCGUCUCUGUGGAGCAAGGUGUGCCUGUGGAGUUGGUCAAUGGCCCGCCUCUUUCGGCCAUGUCUGGCGUCUUUAUUGACCGCUGGGCGGACCUGCACGGUGGGCCAGAGUAUCAAGACAUGGAACCUGCAGAAACGGCCAUGGAUGCGUUACAACCUACGCUCAUUAAUACGGGUCGAACGUCGCGCUUGAAGCUGCGACUGGGUUCAGCUUCCUCCACACCAGGCACACGCAGCCCCACGUCCCCCAUGUGGGGGGGCGGCGAUGCAGAGGCUCAAGGUGAACAAAAUUUGGCUCCAACCCUCGAUGGCGCAGGCGUGACGAGAGCGCUUAUGGCUCCGGAUGCUGUGCAACUCUCUCAAAUGCCCCUCAUGGGCAUGGAUCAGGUGCAUCUCAACAACUCGGCAUUGGCUGCGCGGCGUCGGCGCACGGUUGGGCCCCAUGAAGGUGAAGCAGCCGCGGCAGCCCUGGAUAGUACGCCUCAUGCACGUCGAUUGCCUGGAUCUGGGACCUUGACUCUCAGCAAUGGCGUGGUGGCAAGGUCGGCACAACGAGGCCGCUCUGCCACCGCACAGGAUGAAAGCAGCGAAGUUGGGAUGCGCCGCAGCCCGCUGCGUAGCCCAGAGCGGCCGGCUUUGGCCACCAACAUCAAAUUUGUGCCUGGGCAUUAUCGAUUGCCGAGUUUUGAACCCGAUUGGUCUGCAUUUCCUCCACCGCGUGAAGCUCAUGGUGAUGAUGAUGCCGAUGAUCAUGGCGAUGAGUGA